AAUUUGCAAACUGCAAAGUGCCGAGUGCGAUCAAUCAAAUCUCUGAAAACAAAUUUGUUGUUAUUUUAUAAUGCUAUGCCACUGAAAUAGAAAAUGGACGGAAAGGAUGACAACUCAAGGUGUGCAAGCCUUCGAUCUAACAGGGAAAGGAGUGCGAAUUUCACAAAAGCUGAAAUGGACGGAUUGCGAAACCUCAUCAUAAAACAUAGAAAUAUAUUGUUUUGCAAAAAGACUACCGGAAACAUCAAUAAACAAAAAGAAAGUGCAUGGCAAUCGGUUAAAUGUGAAUUCAAUGCUUUUGCCAGCACACCAAGGACAAUAAAACAACUCAGGGAUAAAUUUGACAAUUUAAAGAGGGUUGCGAAAAAAGAUAGAAGGAAAGAGGGUCAAGAAAUGCGACAUACUGGAGGAGGACCACAACCAGAAGAAGAUUCUACAGAUUGGCUGAGGUCAAUUACACCAUCUUCAAUAAAUGGAGAUGAAGCAAUAUAUGAUGAUGGUACACAUACAAUUCUAAAAACUGAAUAUGCUUCUACUAAUGAAGUGUUAACAGACACAGAUGACCCGUUGACUUCAGAGAAGUUGGAUGCGAGUACACCCUACAGCUCCCUCAAGAGACCUAUGGCAUCACCGUUACAAUGUGGAGGAAAGAAAGAAAGGAUGGCGGAGAGUGAUAACGUUGUCCAACAGUUGUUAAGAGAGAAAGAAAUACAGUAUAAUAAGAGUACAGAAAGCCUUCAGGAACUAGAGCUUAAAAAAAUAAGGGAGUCUAUAAGACACGCACUGGAGGUCCAUGAACAAAAGAUACGGCAAAAUGAGGAGCUGCACCAGUUGCAAUUACAAAAAUUAAAAUUGGAAAUUAAAAUAUUAAAAAAUAAUUUAGAUUUAUAACACUAGCUGUAACCGAUAGACUUUGUCCUGUUUAUUAAAUAGCUGUUAAGUUUUA